GUUCCGGAUGACUCGCACACAGCUCAGCCAUCAGCACAGCAAGUAUCACCUCUACCUGAUGCAGGAGCUGAAGAUCUGGAUCGUACCAUUGAAUACCCAGAAGCUGGAGAUCAGAACCAGGCGAGCGAACACCCUGCCACUGAAGAUCCUGACGAGACCAUCGAGUACCCUGAAGGAGAUCAUCGCGCAUUGGCCAGCGGUCGAAGCAGCUGACAAGAAGGAAGUCACUAGCUUUGUAUCUCACGGCAUCUUCAAGCUCGCACCAGCAUCAGACUCCGACAACACUAUUGAUGGCACGUGGGUUCGGAAAUGGUCAGAUCGUUCAAAAGGACUGGUGAAAAGCAGAUGCUGUGGACGAGGCUUUCUCGAUCGACAGAAGAACAGCAUUGACAGACACAGCUCUACAGCGUCACGGCUUUCUCACCGCUUGGCAGUAUCUCUUGCAGCUCAGUACGACCUCGUGAUCGAGAGUCUUGAUAUCAACACGGCCUUCCUGCAGGGCCUCAAGUUUUCUGAAGUUGUGCGCCGGGCAGCUGAGUUGGGACACGAAGUUAAGCAGCUUCGGAAGGUCUGGUUCAAGCCACCUCCAAACGUUUGGAGGCAUCUCCGCAACAUCGACGGCAGUGGCAUUUAUGUGCAGGACCAUGACAUAGUCUACUUCGUGCUUGAACUGUUGAAGGCCAUGUACGGACUCGUUGACGGUCCUCUCUUAUGGCAGCUAGCACUGGCGAACUUCAUGGUCAAAGAGCUGAGCUUCAUGAGCGCCUACCAUGAUGAGAAUUUCUUCUACAUCACCCACGGAUGGGAGAUAGUGGCGAUCUACAUCACUCACGUUGACGACAUCCUGACGAUCGCGUCUCAGAGCUUCUUGGACAGGACCUACAUACGAUUGUCAGAGCGUUUUGGCACAGUCAAGAGGUGCGUUCUUCCAUUGAUAUAUGUUGGAGUUCGCCACUCUAUGCCAUCACCUGGACAUUACUUCCUCGACCAAGAGCACUACUUGAUGAAGUUGACUCCAGCGAAGGUAACCGACGCCAAGCGACUCAAGAAUGAUAGCCUGCCCCUGAACAAGGACGAACACAAGGAGUUUCGUUCAUUGCUGUGCAGUCUCUUGUGGGUCUGCUUGACACGUGUGGAUCUAUGCCAUGGAGUUGUACUUCUGCAGAGCGAGAUGGUCAGCCCUCUUAUGACACACCUGAAGCAGUGCAACGCCCUGUUGGCCCGCGCUAUUAAGAGCAAGACGAUGACUGGACUUCAUUUUCAUAAGCUACAGUGGCCUCUACGACUUGUAUCUAUCACAGACGCAG